UUCUCUGUAACCAUUUUUUUUUUGUUCCUAUUUUUUUUCCUUCUUUUUUUUCUUUUGGUUUUCUCCAAAAAACCAGAAGCUUUCCUCGUUUUCUCAGCAAAUCCAUUUAGCCAUCAUCACAAUCAUCUCUGUUCAAAAGAUUUAUGAUCCAUAGAGAUCAUUUGUAUAUAUAUAUAUAGAAAUGAAAUUGCGUUAUUGCUUUACAUGCUGCAUGUCGGAGAGGCAAUUCAGCAGAAGAUCUUCAAGGCAAAGCAUCAAGGACUACAUUGACAAUAAGAACAAUAUAACUUCCUUUGCCAACAUCUCUUUCAAAACAGAUAGUAGUAGGCGACGAUACAUAUCGGAAGAGAUAGCGAAGCUCGGGAAAGGGAAUAUAAGCGCUCAGAUCUUCACGUUCCGGGAGCUUUGCUCCGCAACGAAGAAUUUCAAUCCCGAUAAUCAGCUCGGUGAAGGCGGGUUCGGAAGAGUUUACAAAGGGCGUAUAGAGAGCCUGAACAAAGUCGUUGCGGUUAAGCAGCUCGAUAGAAAUGGUUACCAAGGGAACCGAGAAUUCCUCGUGGAGGUUCUGAUGUUAAGUCUUCUUCACCACGAUAACCUCGUCAACUUGGUUGGGUAUUGUGCGGACGGUGAUCAGAGGAUUCUUGUCUACGAGUUCAUGCCGAAUGGCUCAUUGGAGGAUCAUCUUCUCGAUCUGACGCCUAAGAAGAAGCCGCUGGAUUGGAACACGAGGAUGAAAAUAGCGGCAGGAGCAGCGAAAGGGCUCGAGUAUUUACACGAAAUGGCUGAUCCACCGGUGAUAUACCGAGAUUUCAAGGCAUCAAACAUAUUGUUGGACGAAGGGUUCAAUCCAAAGCUAUCGGAUUUCGGGUUGGCUAAGCUCGGUCCGACCGGAGGGAAAACUCACGUGUCCACGAGAGUGAUGGGGACUUACGGCUAUUGUGCGCCUGAGUACGCACUGACAGGACAGCUAACUCACAAAUCCGAUGUCUAUAGCUUCGGAGUUGUGUUCUUGGAGAUGAUCACUGGAAGAAGAGUCAUCGACACUACAAGAUCAACCGAAGAACAGAAUCUUGUCACUUGGGCAACUCCAUUGUUCAAAGACAGGAGGAAGUUCACGUUAAUGGCGGAUCCGUUAUUAGAAGGCAACUACCCAUUGAAAGGACUGUACCAAGCACUUGCAGUUGCAGCGAUGUGCCUUCAAGAAGAAGCAACCACAAGGCCCAUCAUGAGCGAUGUAGUGACUGCUCUCGAGCACUUAGCCAUGAACAAAGAUCCGAACGGACAAACCCUAGAAGAUAAUGUGUCUAAUGAAGUGAACGACGAGGGGAACGAGACUAAAGCCGGAGAAGAAGAAGGACAGUGAUAGAUGAUGUGGUGUUCAUAUAAAUCAUAAGAAUAUAGGAAGAAAAAAAAAAUCAAUCUUUGUGGACCGACAAUAUGAGAUUUCUUUUUAUUUUUUGGUUCAUGAAAUCUUUAUAUUGUUCUUAUCAUGCAUAUAAUGGAUUUGCUAAGACCAUUUUUUUUU